AUGAAAGUCGACCCAACACAGUCUUCGGAAAAGCCUAAAAUACCUUUGCCGACCCUGUCGCAAAUCAAUGCUGACAGAAUAACGCAGCUUGCAAAUCAGUACUGGUCACCACAAACGAAGGAUAGCCACUUACCUUAUGAUGCUUCAAUUGUUGAAUCAAUAUAUCAAACAGAGAUACUUGGAUCCAAUUUUUCGGUUCGCCGGAUCAUGAUGCUAGAAUUCUCACAGUACCUGGAAAACUAUCUGUGGCCACACUAUGAAGCGGGGGCAGCUUCUCAUGCACACAUGAUGUCAAUAAUAGUUAUGAUUAAUGAGAAAUUCCGUGAGAGAGUGCCUGCCUGGCAGGCUUUUUUGAAGAAACCAGAACAUUUUCCGGCGUUCUUUGAGCAAGUGCUGCGCGCCAGUGUUGCAGACGAUCACACAAGCCGCAACAUGCGAGAACAGACAGCUCUAUUGUUAUUUCUCAAUCAUUGCUUCGGCAGUAUGGAGGUACAGCUAUGUAGAGAUCAAGUGAAACGUCUAGUAUCGCUCAGCAUGUGGAUAAGUUUACAAGAAGGAAGGCGAAACCAAGAAUUUAAACUUGUCCCAAAAUGGAAGAAAUAUUGGAGAGCAAUACAGAAGAAAGAUAAACCAGAUCUUUUGGAAAAACUGAAUUGGGAACGGCGUUAUUUACAGAAGUUAAUGAUCAAGUUUAUGCAGAUCUUGGAAACUGUUCCAGAAACUGGUGAUGUGGACCCAAAUGUUGUCCGAUACUGCGAGCGCUUUUUGGAAUUGAUGAUCGACCUCGAAGCUCUACUGCCUACACGUCGAUUCUUCAACACUGUGAUGGACGAUUGCCAUUUAGUGGUGCGCUGUCAACUUGCUGCGCUCUCGGGAAGGCCUGAAGGACAGCUGUUUAACCAGAAACGGGUUGACGACAUUAGUCAAGUCCUUGCUAUGCGCGGCAUGGGUAGUGUGCAGCAGCGUAGCAUGGGUUGCUGCGGCGCCGCUAUAGCCGAAAUUACCGUAUGUCUCUAUUUCAAGUUAAAGAAAUACAAACCAAAUGGCCAAGGCUGUAUCAGAACUUGCUUUAGAAGCACUUUAUUCGCUGUGUUACAAGGUAAACAAUUUCUUAAGAGUAUUGAAAAGUAUCAAACGCUAAGACAUUGUAUAGUGUUACAAGUUUCACCUCAACUCAUAUGA